UUCUAGUGUUAGAUUCCCUCAGUAUCAGUGUCAGUAUCAGUAUCUAUCUCUCUUUCUUGAAUUCUCUCUCUCUCUGUCAGCUCAGUAUCUCUCCGGCGGCCAUGGCAAUUAUGAGAGCAGCAGCAGUGGCGGCGCCGAGAGGCUUGCGGCGGCUAUUCUGCACGAACACGAACUCGAACUCGAACCCGAGCUCUUUCCCUUUCAAUCUACCCCCUUCAGGGACCACUCGUCAGAUGGCUGAUCCCAGCACCAACCUCUUCGUCUCCGGGCUUUGCAAACGUACAACAACAGAAAAGCUACGGGAAGCAUUUGCAAAAUUUGGUGAAGUUGUUCAUGCAAGAGUGGUAACUGAUCGAGUCUCAGGCUACUCCAAGGGUUUCGGUUUUGUGAAAUAUGCAACUAUUGAAGAGGCUGGAAAGGGGAUCGAAGGCAUGGAUGGCAAAUAUUUGGAUGGAUGGGUUAUAUUUGCAGAGUACGCAAAACCAAGACCAGCACCGGGACAACAACCUGCAGACAAUAUGACUAAUCAGUAUGCACGGCAGUAAUUCCUGUUGUUUAUUUGAAACAUUCUUACACCUUAUUGAACUGGUCUUGCAUUCAUACAAGAUAUACUAUUAUGUGUAAUGCGGCUACUCCUUUUUAUGGUAGCUGGGAUUUUCAUGAGAUAUGGGCUGGCAGAUUGAUGUCUGCAUGUUGUGCUUGGCUUUGAAGUUAUGCCAUAAUCAUUUAAGCUUUGACUUCAGAAUUUAGUCA